AGAUAUCAUAAUAUGUAUUGUUACAAGGGGCGCGCACGCACACAGGCGCGCCGGCGGCCAUUUUGAUUUACCGUACGCUGUGUAUUUACGGACAAAGCCGUCAGAUGCGAGCGGGACGCGGCUGCGCAUGUUCCUACCGGGCUUUACGUUAAUUUCAAACGUGUUUUACCGCUAAAAUGUCCAAUAAACAACUGUUUUCGACGUAACAACAGUUCAAAAACAAAAUGAAGUGUCAGUUCUUACAUUUGGUUCCGUGAGUGUUGAUUAUUUAGUGUUCAAACGACAUAGAAGGAGUAAAACAAAUGUGUGUGAUCCAUGUGUGAAUGUUGUGUUACAAAAUGUGGUCGAGGAACUUUAUACCGGAUUAUGGGAUUCAAUUGCUGUCAAUCUUCAUAGUGCUGUCGACACUGGCCGCAAGGAUCCAUGGAGUCGAAGGUUUCGUGUCGUGUUCGCCCUCGCCAUGCAAAAAUGGCGGAACUUGCCUGUCUACGCCGAGAGGAGAAUAUUUCUGCAACUGUACAUCCCGAUACGCGGGCGAGUUCUGCCAGCAUCUGAACCCUUGCCACAGCGAGUCUAGUCCUCGAUGCCAGAACGGAGGCUCCUGCAGGGUCCGACCAGGAGUUGGCGGAGGUCCUCCUUCCUUCGCCUGCGACUGUCCUUUGGGCUUCAGCGCAUCGUUAUGUGAGAUCAGUAUACCGGCUGCCUGUGAUUCAGCUCCUUGUUUAAAUGGAGCUACUUGCCGGCUGACGUCACUCGACACUUACGAAUGCGAUUGUCCGCCCGGCUAUACAGGUGACGAAUGCUCUCACGAAGACCACUGCGCAUCCCAACCCUGUCGAAACGGAGGACGUUGUGUAGCUGACAACACCACCACUGCUGGCUACUCUUGCGCCUGUCCCCCUGGCUUCACCGGCUCCAGAUGUACCGAAGACGUCGUCGAAUGUUCUAGUGGCUCCGGCCCUUGCCACCAUGGAAGGUGCUUCAACACACACGGGUCGUACACUUGUGUGUGUGAGCCUGGGUACACAGGAAGGGAUUGUGAUGCGGAGUACGUUCCUUGUGAGCCGUCUCCGUGUCAUCAUGAUGGGAGAUGCACGCCUUUGGACCAGCUGAGAUACGAGUGUGAUUGUCCGCCUGGUUAUCGCGGGCAAAACUGCGAGAUCGACAUCGACGACUGUCCCGGCCACUUGUGUCAGAAUGGCGCGACCUGCGUCGACGGUCUCAACUCCUACACUUGCGAGUGCCCGCCCACUUUCACCGGGACACUGUGCGAGACUGAUGUCGAUGAGUGCGCUCUCAGGCCCCUAGUCUGCCAAAACGGAGCGACUUGCACGAACUCAGUCGGCGGUUUCUCCUGCAUCUGCGUCAACGGCUGGACGGGUCCAGAAUGUUCUGUCAACAUCGACGACUGCGCGGGCGCGGCAUGCUUCAACGGCGCCACCUGUAUUGAUAGGGUUGGAGCUUUCUACUGUAAAUGUACUCCUGGGAAGACUGGUCUACUCUGCCACUUAGACGACGCCUGCACAUCCAACCCUUGCCAUGCCGACGCUAUCUGUGACACGAGCCCAAUCAACGGCUCGUACACUUGCUCCUGCGCAUCCGGAUACAAGGGAUUAGAUUGCUCUGAGGAUAUCGAUGAAUGUGAACAGGGUUCACCAUGUGAACACGAUGGCAUCUGCGUAAACACUCCAGGGUCUUUCGCCUGCAACUGUUCCGUUGGGUUUACGGGACCCCGUUGUGAGACCAACGUGAAUGAGUGCGAGAGUCACCCCUGUAGGAAUGACGGCUCCUGUCUCGAUGAUCCUGGCACCUUCCGCUGCGUCUGUAUGCCUGGCUUCACGGGAACACAAUGUGAGGUGGAGAUUGACGAGUGUGCUAACAACCCGUGCUUGAACGGAGGCAUCUGCCACGAUAUGAUCAACGCCUUCAAAUGUACUUGUGUCAUUGGUUUCACCGGCGCUCGUUGUCAAGUAAACAUAGACGACUGUGCUUCGAGUCCUUGUCGCAAUGGCGGGACUUGCCACGACUCAGUCGCUGGGUACACUUGUGAAUGUCCACCUGGUUAUACUGGUAUGUCCUGCGAAACCAACAUAAACGACUGCCUAUCAGCUCCGUGUCAUCGAGGAGAAUGCAUAGAUGGAGACAACAGCUUUACUUGCAACUGCCACCCUGGGUACACAGGCAGGGUCUGUCAGACUCAGAUCAACGAGUGCGAAUCUAACCCUUGCCAGUUUGGAGGCCACUGCGAAGAUCUGAUCGGUGGCUACCAGUGCCGCUGCAAGCCUGGCACCUCCGGCCGCAACUGCGAGAUCAACGUCAACGAGUGUUAUUCCAACCCUUGCAGAAAUGGCGCCACUUGCAUCGAUGGCAUCAACAGGUACACUUGCGAGUGCAUCCCAGGGUUCACUGGCCAGCACUGCGAGACGAACAUCAACGAGUGCCUCUCGAACCCCUGUGCCAACGGAGGGAAGUGCGUGGACAGGAUCAACGGAUUUCGGUGUGAAUGCCCUAGAGGGUAUUAUGACGCUAGAUGCCUCUCAGAUGUGAACGAGUGUGCUUCGAACCCCUGCAUCAAUGGUGGCUCCUGUGAAGAUGGAGUCAACCAGUUCAUCUGCCAUUGUUUGCCUGGAUACGGAGGUCAACGCUGUGAACGUGAUAUUGACGAAUGCAGUUCAAACCCGUGUCAGCACGGGGGAACUUGCCACGACAGGCUCAAUGCUUACAAGUGUGAUUGUGUACUUGGAUUUACUGGUGUCAACUGCGAGACUAACAUCGACGACUGCGCCGGCAACCCGUGUUUGCACGGCGGCUCGUGCAUCGACCUCGUCAACGGCUACCGCUGCGUGUGCGCACCGCCGCACUCGGGACGCAACUGCGAGAAUACUCUUGACCCUUGCACGCCUAACCAAUGUCGUCACGGCGGCCGCUGCGUAGCCGAAGCUUCCUACGCGGAGUUCACUUGUCAAUGUCCAGUGGGCUGGACGGGAGCGCUGUGUGAACGUGACGUGGACGAGUGUGCGGUGACAGCCCCGUGUCACAAUGAGGCGACGUGUAUCAAUACUGAGGGGUCCUAUGCCUGUUUGUGUGCGAGGGGGUACGAGGGGAAGGAUUGCGCUAUUAAUACUGAUGAUUGUGCUUCAUUCCCAUGCCAAAACGGUGCGACGUGUCUCGACUCGAUCGGCGACUACAACUGCGUAUGCGCAAGCGGCUUCGCGGGCAAGCACUGCGAGGUGGACAUCGACGAGUGUCAGUCAAGGCCUUGUAUGAACGGCGCUACUUGCAAUCAGUACGUUGCAUCAUACACAUGCACCUGUCCUCUCGGCUUCUCGGGCAUCAACUGCCAGACGAACGACGAGGACUGCACCGAGUCCAGCUGCAUGAACGGUGGCACCUGCAUCGAUGGCAUCAACUCUUACAACUGUUCUUGUCCUCCUGGCUACACAGGCUCCAACUGCCAGUUCCGUAUAAACAUGUGCGACAGUUCUCCCUGCGACAACGGCGCCACCUGUCACGAUCACAUCACGUACUACACAUGUCACUGUCCUUAUGGGUACACUGGGAAGCACUGCGAGACUUAUGUUGAUUGGUGUGAAGUGAACCCGUGCGAGAACGGUGCUACAUGUUCGCAGAAGGGCCCACAAUAUACAUGUUCCUGUGCCCCGGGUUGGUCCGGCAAGCUCUGUGACGUCGAGAUGGUGUCCUGUAAAGAUGCGGCUAUCAGGAAAGGUAUGGAUUACAGAGGUGUAAAACUAAAACAGCUAUGCAAUAACGGCUCAUGUGAAGAUAUUGGCAACUCCCAUCGUUGUCACUGUCUUGAAGGAUACACUGGAUCUUACUGCCAAAAGGAAAUUAACGAGUGCGACUCAGCACCGUGCCAAAAUGGAGCUUUGUGCAAAGACCUUGUAGGAACAUACCAGUGUCAAUGCGCUAAAGGCUUCCAAGGACAGAACUGCGAGCUCAAUGUGAAUGAUUGCCUACCGAACCCUUGCCAAAACGGAGGAACUUGCCACGAUCUGAUCAACAACUUCUCAUGCUCCUGUCCAUUCGGAACUCUUGGCAAAAUCUGCGAGAUCAACGUCAAUGAUUGUAAGCAAGACGCAUGCCACAACAACGGUACUUGUAUCGACAAAGUUGGCGGCUUUGAGUGCAAGUGUCCACCUGGCUUCGUCGGCCCACGAUGUGAGGGUGACAUCAACGAAUGUUUGUCCAACCCAUGCUUAAUACCUGGUACUCAAGACUGCGUCCAACUUGUCAACGAUUACCAUUGCAACUGCAAGCCUGGGUACAUGGGAAGACACUGUGAUGCUAAAGUCAACUUCUGUGCUAACUCCCCUUGUCAGAAUGGAGGUAGAUGCACUGCUAUUCAGGGAGGACACGAAUGCCUUUGUAGUGAUGGAUAUUACGGCAAGAACUGUGAAUACUCAGGAUAUGCUUGCGAUUCUAAUCCUUGCCAAAAUGGAGGAUACUGCCGAAUAUCAGAAAUCGGAGGCUAUGUAUGCGACUGUCCAUCUGGCUUAUCAGGAAUCAACUGCGAAAUUGACUCCAUGAAUGAAUGUCUGAGCAACCCUUGUAAGCAUCCAGAAGCUAGAUGUAUUGACAAGGCUGGCGACUACCUCUGUUACUGCCCACGACAAUGGACCGGCAAGAGCUGCGAUAUCCACGACCCACACUCCAGAGGAGGAUAUGGAAGUCCAGUAAUUGGAGGUUUCAACCCUAAGAAACCAGGGCCUAGUUUUGAAGAACUGGAUUUGGCUUUCCAAAGAGAACAGUGUGUAAAGAAGGGUUGCAAGGAAAAGCAAGGCGAUCACCAUUGCGAUGAAGAAUGCAAUACAUACGCGUGUGAGUUUGACGGCAACGACUGCUCCCUAGGUUUAAAUCCUUGGGCAAACUGCACAGCACCAAUCAAAUGUUGGGAAGUCUUCAUGGAUGGUGAAUGUAACGAAGUAUGCAACACGCAGGCUUGUUUGUUCGACGGAAGAGAUUGUCAGAAGUCCCUACAACGCUGUAAUCCAAUCUACGAUGCGUAUUGUCAGAAGCAUUACGCCAACGGCCAUUGUGACUACGGCUGUAAUAACGCUGAGUGUAACUGGGACGGUCUUGAUUGUGAGAACGAACCUCCACAUCUAGCCGAAGGUGUCAUGUCCGUAACUUUACUGAUGGAUGUCAGGACCUUCAAGGAAAACUCCGUCGCCUUCCUCCGAGAUUUAGGCCAUCAGUUACGAACAACGGUUUUGAUAAAGAAAGAUCAUUUAGGCAACGAUAUGGUCUACCCGUGGAAGGGAUCAACAGAUGUUGGCUUACAAGACACUGAGUUCGGAAAGAACCAUAACAUUGUCUUUACGGAAAGGGGACAAUCAGGAGUGCAAGUCUACUUGGAAAUUGAUAACAGAAAGUGUACAUCCAUGUCAAGUUCUGAGUGCUUCUUCUCAGCGAGAGAGGCCGCAGAGUUCUUAGCAGCUACAGCAUCGAAACAUUCCUUAUCACCUGACUUCCCUAUUUUCCAAGUCAAGGGUGUGAAAACCCCUGACGAUGCUAGCGACGUCCCAACCAAUUCAAAAUACGUCUUCAUCGGAGUCAUUCUGGUCCUCCUAGCUGGGCUACUGAUUGGAGUGUUAGUGACUGCUCAAAGGAAACGAGCAGCUGGCAUAACAUGGUUCCCCGAAGGUUUCAUCCGCAACAACUCUUCGACCAGACGUAGAUCACGAAGACGUGGUCCUGAUGGCCAGGAGAUGCGAAACUUGAACAAGGGUUCUAUCGGUUGUAUUGACGUGGAUAUAAAUGGGGGUCAUAUGGGACCUCCUCAUCACUGGUCGGAUGAAGAUGAUGAUGGUUCAGCGCCUCCAAGGGCUAAGCGAGCUAGAGGUCCAGGGGAUGCUAACGGUGCUCCUGGUGGUUACGCGUCAGACCAUACAGCUAUCACGGAUUAUGAGGAAGCCGGCCAUGAUGGAAGAGUUUGGACUCAACAGCAUCUUGAUGCUGCUGAUAUCAGAGUCCCUCCGAGCAUGAUGACACCGCCUGCUAUCCAUGAUGGUCACGUAGAAGUUGACGCACGAGGUCCUCUAGGCAUGACGCCGCUGAUGGUGGCUGCAGUCCGAGGAGGUGGUCUAGACACAGGGUCUGAUGCUGAAGAUGAGCAGACAGCUCAUAUUAUAUCGGAGCUGGUGGCUCAAGGUGCUCAGUUGAAUGCAGCGAUGGAUAAGACUGGGGAGACUAGCUUGCAUUUGGCAGCGAGAUAUGCACGUGCAGACGCAGCCAAACGUCUUCUAGACGCGGGCGCCGACGCGAACUCACAAGACAACACAGGCCGCACGCCGUUACACGCGGCCGUCGCUGCUGAUGCCAUGGGAGUCUUCCAGAUAUUACUGCGGAAUAGAGCCACGAACCUCAACGCUAGGAUGCAUGAUGGAACCACGCCACUUAUUUUGGCUGCUAGGCUAGCCAUAGAAGGCAUGGUGGAAGACCUAAUCAACGCAGACGCAGAUAUUAACGCGGCGGACAACAGCGGCAAGACCGCGCUGCACUGGGCGGCCGCUGUUAAUAAUAUUGAUGCUGUCAAUGUGUUGCUGGCUCAUGGAGCUAAUAGAGACGCUCAGGAUGAUAAGGACGAAACUCCCCUCUUCCUAGGCGCCCGCGAAGGCUCAUACGGUGCAUGCAGAGCGCUACUAGACGCUAUGGCCAACAGGGAGAUAACGGACCAUAUGGACCGACUGCCACGGGAUGUGGCCCAGGAGAGGAUGCAUGAUGACAUCGUGAGGUUAUUGGAUGAACACUGUCCAAGGCCGCCACCACAGCAUCAUCAUCUUAUGUCAUCUCCAAACCCUCACCCGCAGCUGAUCAGCCAGCCGACGGUGAUCAGCACGGCCGCUAAGGGCAAGCCGAAGAAGUCGCGCGCGAAGGCCGGCCCCGACAGCCCCGACCAGGCUUACGACAACAAUAACUUGCAGACUACGCAGAUUAGACGGUACGUUGUUAGCCGGAAACCUAGUGUAAAAAAGAACAACAAGAAAGUGGCACAAGAAGUGCCGCAGAGCGUGGAGAGUCUGGGCUCCAGCUUGAGCCCCGUUGAAUCACCGCUCCAAAAUUUACAGGACUUGCCGUCGCCGUACGACGCAACGUCCCUGUACUCGAACGCGAUGGCGCAGUUCGUAGGCAUCGAGCAGCUCGUGCAGCACAAACAGCCGCCAAGCUAUGAGGACUGCGUCAAGUGCUUCGUCCCGCAGACGGGUCAGACGCUGCAACAGUCGUACGGCGGCGGCGCGCUGGGCGCGUCGCUGUCGCCGCCCUACUCCAACCACUCGCCCACGCACUCCAACCAUACUACGUCGCCGCACGCUUAUAUUGGAUCUCCGUCCCCGGGCAAGUCGCGGCCGUCGCUGCCGACGUCGCCGGCUCACAUGGCGGCGCUGCGCCACUCGCAUCAGAACCAGCUCGACGCCGCCGCCUACUCCGCGCUUGCGCAGAUGAGUGCAAAUAAUCAGCACAACGCGCAGUUCCAAGCGGUGAUGUCUCAGGCGGCCGCGCUCGGACAAGUGCAGGGACAGCAUCCCGCCCUCACCAAUAUGAUGUCAAGUCUAUACGGCGGUUGGGGUAUCGGAGACACGUUCCCGACGCCAUCACCAGAAUCCCCCGACCACUGGUCAACCCCUUCCCCGCAGACUCCCCUCACGCAAUCCCCGCACUCUGAUUGGUCGGAUCGCGCCGCUCUCUCCCCCAAUGACAUCCAACAGACCAAUAAGGGGGCGACGGAAGCCAUCUAUAUAUAAACAUAGGUUAAGGUUCAGGUUUAGAAAAAUUAUAGACGUUCUGUAAAUCUUAUUGUAAGUGGUGUUUUGUUGUUGAGUGUGAAGAUUUUUUUUUUAAUAUUUUGCCACGUUUUUGGUGCUAAAAUACUGGAUAAAAUAAAUGGCAAAACAGCACAAAUUAUUCCACAUUUGAUUCAGAUUCGGUUAAUUAAAAACAAAAACUAUUCAACUUCAAUAACACCACAUAAAAAAGAACGUUCAGCAGCAUACGAAAGAAGACAAAUGUACAGACGUGCAUAUAGCCCGGUCGACGUCCAUUGCGGCUUCGCUUGCACGCGGCCGGCGGUAACGUGAACAUAGACUGACUUGUACAGCCAUGACUCGAGUGUAUAGAUUAACUUAGUGUAGAACGCACUAACAUUUGGUAAUCUCGUGAUUUUAAGCAUUCCUCUGUUUUCGGUGUAUUUUUUAAUAAAAAAGUUGGUCAUAAAGUGGGUUUGAUAGUGACAGAUGUUGGCGAUAAUUUAUAGUACUGGAAUAGUACAGUUUCUUUUUUGAAGUUUAUAUUGUUUUAUCACGCCAAAUGCUAAGACAAAUUUUAAUGAAAUAAGAAAGUUAAAUAUGGAUUUUCAUGAAAACAAAAUAUUUUUCUGUCAAAGAUUUUUUUUAAAUUUUGAGGGAAAAAAAUACACCGACAAAUAAAUAAUCACAUAUUGAUAAAUGACACACUUGUUACGUUGUUGAUUUUUUUAUUAUUUACUUGUUUGUAAGCUGUGUUUUGGACAUUGGUUUCAACGCAUAUGAGAUUUGUUAGGUGCGGUCGAUGACGUCACAAGACGGCUGCCCGGUACGCGUCGACAACACAUUUGUACGGAAAUUAUUUAUGUGUGAUUCUGUAGCUUAGGAUUUUAUCGCUUUUAGUGUGUAGAUAGUUUCGAUUUGUUACUAAAGCUGGGAUAAAAUUAAUAGAUAAUUAUUAUUAGUUUUUUUUAACAAGCAUGGCUUUUAAUGGAGUUUUGCAAAAAAUAAUAAAAAAGGGUUUUUAUGAAAAACACGUUUAAAUCGGCUUUAGAAACAAAUUGCGUUAAUUUAGUAUUUAAAUGUAAUUGACUGAGAUUGAUGCCGCCAUCGCAUUUCUCACAUUUAUUUUAGUAAUUUUAUUUUUGUUUGUUUGUUUUGCAGACUAUUUUAUUUGAUCUGGCAAUAAUCUCAGUUACGAAUAUUAUGUUAUAGUUUACAUAUCUUCCGUUUAUCGAAUCAUUCCAUAAUUUGCUUCCAAUUUUUAUUUUAUGCGCAGAGGUGGUUGUUUAGAAAAAAUCUUUUAGAUACAUAUUUUGUUGGUAUUAUUUGUUAAUAUACUAGCAACACUGAGCCAUUCCAUAAACAAUGUUGCCAUGAAUUCCAUAACACUUCUGCCGCCUCCCGCAUAUCCUGCAAUGCAUAUGUCUAAUUGAUAUAAGAUCUCAUUCAUUCCAUUUUCGCUUUAAAUUAACAAAACUUGUUGAUUUGUUAUUAUUUUAAUUACAAAAGCAAUUGAAGCGGGACCACUCAUGCUCAAUUUUUACUCAAUUCCACACAUACUCUAUUAUAUUGUAAUAUAUUUUAUAUUAUUAAGUAUUUUUUUAUAGUUUUAUAGCUUCCGAUGUUGUACGCCUGCAUCCUUGUAAAUAUUUUUAUCAUUUUUAUUUUGUAAUUUAAGUAAUAUUUAAAUGCGAAUGAAAUAACUGAUCUUCGUAGUUUUACUAUAGUUUCAUAGUUUUUAUUAUUUUUGUGUCAUCUUUGAUGUGCCAAUGAGCAAACUUGAAUAUUGUACCGUUAGUGAAAAGCACAGAACAUUUACUUGUGUAUUACUAGUUGUAGAAUAAAUAUUAUGGUUAAGCGAAUCGUGCUUCCUAACUGCUUAAGAUUAAGCAACAAAUGGCCGUGACACGUAGGAAUUGGCUUGAAGUACAAGACAAAAAAUGUAACACUAAAACACUUUCUGACAAAAAUGUAAGACUGUAAAAGAUAAAAUUAAGUGCAGACGUUAUACUCAUAAAGAUUACUACAUGUUCUUUUUAAAAAUAUUUUUGUUUGU